AUGACACUAGCACGAAGUAAGCACAGAAGGCAAACAAUGCACAGAGAAGCAUUGCCACACAGCAGUAGCGUACGCUGUUCAGUGAGCGUACUAUCGAUGCUGUUAAUACUUAUCAGCCAAGUGGAUGGUAGCUAUCAUUCCGGCGUUAGCCCGAUGCCGCACGUGCCAGCCGUACCGAAAGAUCCAAACUCACGAUGCGAAGAAAUAACCAUCCCAAUGUGCCGUGGCAUCGGGUACAACUUAACCUCGUUCCCGAAUGAGAUGAACCACGAAACGCAGGAAGAAGCGGGCCUGGAGGUGCAUCAGUUUUGGCCACUGGUCGAAAUCAAAUGUUCACCCGAUCUCAAGUUCUUCCUCUGCUCCAUGUACACUCCGAUCUGUAUCGAGGACUACCACAAACCGUUGCCGGUGUGUCGCAGCGUGUGCGAACGUGCCCGGGCCGGAUGUGCACCGAUUAUGGAGUCGUACAGCUUCAAUUGGCCGGAACGAAUGGCCUGCGAAAAUCUGCCCGUUUCGGGCGAUAGUGAUAAUUUGUGCAUGGAAAUGCCGAGCGAGGAAGAGCACGGCGGAGGAGAUCGUGGUACCGGUGGGUCGUCCGCUGGCGGUAGUGGAGGAUCAGGUCAUUCCGGUAAACCGACCCGCAAAUCGCACGGCGGCGGUAGCGGUGGCCAAAGUAGCAGCACGGGUGGCAACCAGCAAAACAACAAAUGCAAGGGCAAGAAUUCAAAAAACUGCCAAAAUCCCCCAGGGGAAAGAACAAAAGAGUGCAUGUGCCGGUGCCGGGAGCCACUGGUCACCCUGGGGAGGGAAAGCACCACCACAACGCUACUGCACCAUCACGGCAGCCUAAGCAGCAACCAAAGUGUCGAAAGGGUCGGCGACGUGCAAAACUGCGCGAUCCCGUGCCGGGGAGCGUUCUUCACCCAGGAGGAAAAGGACUUCGCCGGCAUCUGGAUAGCGCUGUGGUCCGGCCUCUGCGGCAUAAGCACGCUAAUGACACUGACCACCUUCCUCAUCGACACCGAAAGGUUCAAGUACCCUGAGCGUCCGAUCGUUUUCCUGUCCGCGUGCUACUUCAUCGUUUCGUGCGGUUAUCUAACGCGCAUCUUUCUCGGCCACGACGAGAUUGCGUGCGACGGGAAAUCGAUCAAAUACCCAUCGACGGGACAGAGCUCCUGUACGAUGAUUUUCAUUAUGAUUUACUUCUUCGGCAUGGCGUCCUCGAUCUGGUGGGUGAUCCUUUCGUUCACCUGGUUCCUGGCGGCCGGACUGAAAUGGGGCAACGAAGCGAUCUCGAAACAUUCGCAGUAUUUCCAUCUUGCUGCGUGGCUCAUACCGACUGUGCAGACCGUGUCCGUACUAUUACGACCCGCCGUCGAUGGUGAUCCUGUGGCAGGGAUUUGCUACGUCGGUAAUACUUCCGUCGAGAAUCUGAAGAACUUCGUGCUGGCACCAUUGUUCAUGUAUCUGGUAGUUGGAACCACCUUCCUGAUGGCUGGAUUUGUGUCCCUGUUCCGAAUUCGAUCCGUAAUCAAGCAGCAGGGUGGUAUCGGGGCCGGAUCAAAAGCAGACAAGCUUGAGAAGCUGAUGAUUCGGAUAGGCAUCUUCAGCGUGCUGUACACCGUGCCGGCAACGAUCGUCAUCGGAUGUCAUUUGUACGAAGCGUCCUACUUCGAGGACUGGAUGACGGGGCUAACGUGCCCGUGCAAGGCGGCACCCGGGCUUCGGCAGAAACCCCUCUACUCGGUGCUGAUGUUGAAGUACUUUAUGGCGCUAGCCGUCGGCAUUACGUCGGGCGUAUGGAUCUGGUCGGGAAAAACUGUCGACUCGUGGCGACGGCUCUGGAGAAGACUGUUCGGUUCGCCCGACCCAACCGGUGCAGGACAGGUGCUGAUUAAGCCAAGGCCUCCACUACCCCAACCGUACGCGACGUCCGGUAUCGGUGUGCCUGGAUCGGCGGCCGCUUCGCUACUGGCCACACCGUACACGCAAACCGUUGGCAGUGUCGCCUCAACCAGCCACCACCAUCUGCACCACCACGUUCUCAAGCAGGCACCGCUUAGUCACGUAUGACCUGGAGAUAUAGGCGGCGCAUCUACCUUAACAGCCGGAUCCGGAUCGGUCGUUGAUCCGCGCGCCGUCUCAGUCGUUGUAACGCUUCCCGGCCCACAACCGGGCCAAGCUCUCAGCGAUUAUGGUCCGAUAUAGUUGACCGUACGUCCAGAUACGGCCACCCGUAGAGUACCACCCAGCAAUCUAAGUGAACUGUGAAU